CCGGCUUACAGCAACCCUUACCAACCGUCUUUAAAUUAGUACUAUCUUUUUUUAAUAGCCAAAAGCUUCACCCAGAUCGACGACAAUGGCUUCCACUUCUCUAGCUUUUCCUUCUCUUCAGCCAAAAUUUCAGUCACCCAGAAGAUCUUCGAAGCCCUCCGCGCGUCGAGGUAUCUUCCCUCCGAUCGCUUCCUCAUUGUCGGAAAAUCCAUACGUACAGGUUCCACCGGAGACGAUAGAGUCUCCUGGACCCAAAGAGCUUCCGAUCCUGAAAAUCCCCGGAAGCUAUGGCUUCCCUUUUAUCGGCCCGAUAAAGGAUCGACUCGACUACUUUUAUAACCAAGGUCGUGAGGAAUUCUUUAAGUCACGUGUCCAGAAGUACCGGUCGACGGUGUUCAGAGCCAACAUGCCACCCGGUCCUUUCAUAGCUUCCGACCCUCGCGUCGUCGUUCUGCUAGACGGCAAGAGCUUUCCGGUGCUGUUUGACGUCACGAAGGUAACUAAGAAAAACCUUUUCACUGGAACUUACAUGCCCUCCACCGAACUCACCGGUGGUUACCGGGUUCUCUCCUAUCUCGACCCGUCUGAGACGCGCCACGAUAAGCUCAAGCGCCUCAUGUUCUUCCUCCUCGAGUUCCGUCGCGAUCACGUCAUGCCCGAGUUUCAUUCCAGCUACACGGAGCUCUUCAAUGGCUUCGAGCAGGAACUCGCGACCAAAGGCAAAGCCGCUUUCGGGGAUGCCAGUGACCAAGCGGCAUUUAACUUCCUUUCUCGUGCCCUGUACGGCACGAACCCGGCCGACACCAAGCUCGGAAUUGAUGGUCCGAAGCUGAUCCUGAAAUGGGUCCUGUUCCAGCUUAGUCCUCUGCUCACACUAGGCCUCCCAAAGUAUCUUGAAGAACUCCUCAUCCACACCUUCCCUCUCCCUCCAUUUCUGGUCAAAUCCGAUUACCGGAGGCUCUACGACUUCUUCUACGAGUCUUCCGGGCCCGUGCUUGACGAGGCCGAAAGAUUGGGCAUCUCGAGAGACGAAGCAUGCCAUAAUUUGCUGUUCGCUACGUGCUUUAACACCUUCGGAGGCAUGAAGUUCUUCUUCACCAACAUGAUAAAGUUAAUCGGUAGAACCGGGAGCGAACUACACACCCAGUUGGCGCAAGAGAUCAGAUCAACCAUCAAAUCCAACGGCGGAAGAGUCACUAUGGCCGUCAUGGAACAGAUGCCGCUGAUGAAAUCCGUCGUGUACGAAUCUCUCCGGAUAGAACCGCCGGUGCCGUUACAAUACGGAAGGGCAAAGCGUGACCUCAUCAUCGAGAGCCACGAAGCUGCUUUCCGAGUUAAGGAAGGCGAAAUGAUAUUCGGGUAUCAGCCAUUCGCAACAAAGGAUCCUAAAAUAUUCGACAGACCCGAAGAGUUCGUGCCGGAUAGGUUCGUCGGAGAGGGUGAGAAGUUGCUAAAGCACGUGUUGUGGUCAAACGGACCGGAAACCGAGACGCCGACGGUCGGGAAUAAGCAGUGUGCGGGGAAAGACUUCGUGGUUCUGGUAUCUCGGCUUCUUGUGGUGGAGCUGUUUCGCAGGUACGAUUCGUUCGAGAUCGAGAUUGGGACGUCCGCAUUGGGUGUCUCCGUCAACCUAACGUCUCUCAAAAGAUCAAGCUUUUGAUCAUGGCGAUCUCGAUUAUUUUCUGUAGUGGGAUUCCAAGUAGAUUACUGCAAUCUCAACCAAACUGAAAAAUAAUGUAAGGUGGAAACUGGGUCCCACUCCUUUCCCGA